AUGCCAAUAACGAAUAUUCAGAAAAACGAGGCUGAAGACAUAACGCCUUGGAUGACCUGUCCUAAUGUCCCAGACGAAACUAUCCCAGGACUAGCAUUUGUCUAUCCCCUGGACCAGCUCAUCAUUGCUGAGAAGAGAGAUGUCCUACACGACUUGAUAGGCACGAGCGGCAUAGCUUACACCAUCUUCAACCGCGGAGGACAAAAAGUUUUCUUGGCAGUCCUAACAAAACGCUUCCAAGCCUUUAACGUGAAAAUAUUUAACAACUAUGGCAACGAAGUAAUCAACGUAGAAAAGCCUUUCAAGAUAUUUGCGAACAAAGUGUUAGUUUGGGCACCUCCGGGGAACUUCGUGGGGUCGGUUCAAAAAUGUCUGUCUUGCAUCGAUACUUACAGCGUUAAGAACCAAGUCGGGAAAAAGGUUUUGAAGAUUCGUGCUGAGGGCAUGUUUCAAUACGCGUACAAAGUGUUCUUGGUGUAUGGUAAUCGUUCCAUAGGCGUGGUGCAAGAUAAGUUACCCACAACCAUGGUUUUUGACGUCAAAAACUUCGGAGUAACCUUCCCUCCCGAAUUAGACGUUAAAGAUAAAACUGUGUUGCUUGGAGCGAGUUUCCUAAUAGCUUGUUCGAAAUAUUGA